ACCCUACCCAUCCCCCACCUCCAUCCCCCUGGGAUCGCAUAGCAAACUAGGUAGAGGAGACAAGUCCCCAGCCCGGAGGAAGAGCAGCAGGUGGAAAACGUGUUUCUGCUCCUGUUCACUCACCUUUAUUUAUAGCAAGAAAUACUGAAUCUAUAAAGAAAAGAACUGAACGCGAUGAAAAUUCUGUAAACUGAAAAUGUGUGAAAAACAGAAAUGGUUUAAGCGUUCUCUUAAUAAAACAACAACAAAAAAAAACCGACCAAGAAAUAAGAUCCGCUCAACAGAUAGAUUAGAAGCAUUCCUUCCAUGCUAACUGAUCAGCGUUGGCAUAAUUCAUGUUACAAUGUCCAUAUUCAAACAAGGUGUCAAAGCCUCCCAAUCGCAGCACCGCUAGCCCGCCUGUUUAGGGGCUCGCUGCUUUCUUUUCUCUUCUCUCAACGCCGGUCUCAACUCUGGCCGGCUGGCACAAGUAGCUCUGGAGCAACAUGGAUGAAAAACGCUUUUCGAGACAAGUCGCAGGGGAUCAGCGCCCCGAAGCCUCGGCGCUGAGCACGUCGGGAGUUGUAGUAGCGGUCCGUCGCACAGGUGGGCGGGACGUGUCCGGAGUCUGCGCAGGCGCACACUCCCGUGGGCAACAUGGCGGAUGCGGCCCCUCCGCCCGGCAAGAGAAAGCGAGAGCCGGACGCCGCGGAUGCGGAAGCAGCCGGCAAAGAAGACAAGGACGCCAAGGAAGCUGGCAUUGGGAAUGGCACCUCUGCCUCUGUCCGCUUUCCUUUUUCCGGCUUUAAAGUGCAAAAAGUGCUAAGGGAGUCCGCGCGGGAUAAGAUCCUCUUCCUACACGGGAAGGUGAAUGAGGCCUCUGGGGACGGGGAUGGAGAGGAUGCCGUGGUGAUCCUGGAGAAGACACCAUUUCAGGUGGAACAGGUGGCCCAGCUCCUGAUGGGCAGCCCGGAACUCCAGUUGCAGUUCUCCAAUGAUAUCUACAGCACCUAUCACAUGUUCCCUCCAAGGCAACUGAGUGGUGAGCAAGUGCUGGCUGAAGUGGCUGCAUGUGGAGAGGAUAUAAAGACAACUGUGGUUUACCCGGCCACAGAGAAGCACCUGCAGAAGUACCUGCGCCAGGACCUCCGCCUGGUGCAAGAGACAGGAGGCGAUUACAAGAACAUCACCUUACCCUACUUGGAGUCCCAGAGCCUCAGCAUCCAGUGGGUGUACAACAUUCUUGACAAGAAGGCUGAAGCUGACCGGAUUGUUUUUGAGAACCCGGAUCCCUCGGACGGCUUUGUCCUCAUUCCGGACCUCAAGUGGAACCAACAGCAGCUCGAUGACUUGUACCUGAUCGCCAUCUGCCAUCGCCGGGGCAUCAGGUCGCUUCGGGACCUUACUGUAGAGCACCUGCCGCUGCUCAGGAAUAUCCUCCGGGAGGGGCAGGAAGCCGUCCUGCAGCGCUACCAAGUGCCCGCGGACCGCCUCCGCGUGUACCUGCACUACUUGCCCUCCUACUACCACCUGCAUGUGCACUUCACCGCCCUGGGCUUCGACGCUCCUGGCUCGGCGGUGGAGCGGGCGCACCUGCUGGCAGAGGUGAUCGAGAACCUGGAGCAUGACCCGCAGCACUACCAGCAACGUACCCUCACCUUUGCCCUUAGGGCAGAUGACCGCCUUCUCCAGCUCUUGCAGGAGGCCCGGAAAAACUGAGUCCACCUACCCAGAGCUGUCAGGAGAAUGGACAUGUGGGAACAGGUGGGAGGGGGGAACUUUUAGCACCAAAUGAAUUUUUUAAAAAUACAUAUUUUGUAUUGGCUUAUUCCUAGUAUGUGAAUAAAGCAUUGAUUUCAUUCA